AUGAUAAAAGGAUGUGGCAACGCAACUUUUGAAAGUAUGGAAGAUGCAUGUGCCAACAUUCACAAAUGUGAAGGACUACCCCUUGAGCUGGAAAGUCAAUUCUACUCAGUCAACGAAGAGUGGGACAUUCACUGCGAGCGAAGGUAUCUGGAAGCGGCGCGAGCACCUCAUUGCAAAUGUUCGGGAUGUGAUGAUUGGAUCGCUCAGUUCGGGUCAAAUUUAGCUCGUCAUUCGGAAGGAAAAAGCCGAUGGUAA